GGUUUGCAUUUUUAAAUGAAUACAUUCUCUGCAAAAUCCUGUUUGGUUCCUUAAUGCUAGCCAUUAAAUUGAUAUGGGUGACUAUUAUGUGAGGCAUAAAGGCAGUUUGAAUGUUUUGUUUUGUUGAUAUUAUUUAUCCAAAAACAUCAAAUUUCUAUUUAAAAUGCAAUAAAGGGAUUUUCUGAACACAUUCAAAGAAACAAACACAGACUCCUGUUUGUUUUCAGACCGAAGGAGUACUGUGUGAAGUAUUUCUUGACUUUGUUUUUAUUAAGUCAACCUGGAGGGGUUUUGAGCAUGAACAGCCUGCUUGGGUCAUACCACUGCAUCCUGAUCAGAUUUAACUCUGGACUUUGACUGGGCUACUUCAGACACUUUCUUUUAGUAUUUUUUUCACUCACUCAGAAGCUGGGUUGCUGUUUUGUGGGGAUUAUUGUCCUGCUUUAAAACUCAAGUGUGUUUGAAGUUACAUGUUGAUUGCGGGACAUUCUUCAGGAUUUUCUGCUACAGAGCAGAAUUCAUCAUGGUUUCAGAAGUUGUACAGUCAUCCUGGUGCUGAAACGGCAACACAGCCCCAGACAGUCAAACUACUACCUCUAUGUUUGAUGAAGGGUGUUAUUUUCUGAAAUGCUGUUAGAUUUAUACAAGGUAUAUAGUGACUCUUUGUAUCACUAGAAUUGAUUUCAGAGUGUAAGCUUCUGAACCUCUUGGUUUCACUACAUGACUUUUCAGCACGUACAAAGCUCCUCUUCCUUUUUUUUCUGUCAGUUUCUAAGUCUCAAGUACAAAGUGCAUCAAUCUGAAUAAGAGGUCAUUGUUAGAACAGAGGAAAUGAGCCCUCUUAAAUGAAAACCGCAGAAGUUUCAUGACAUCUAAAACCAAGAUUUUCCCUCUCAGUGCCUCAUACAAGAGUUCUUUACCUCAGAGCAGGGUGCACAGCAAAGUCUCAGACUGAAGACAGCAAGACUUAUCUUAGUCACGCAGCUUCUGGCUGAGCCCUCUGACUGCAGGUUUAUCUGCUCCGACACACAGCCUCUCACUGGGAGAGCGGCACUUUGGCUCCUCUUUCCUGCUGACUCCCGGCUCCACUCUCGUCUCUCCUCCUUGUGUCACCCGUCUCAAGGAGCUUCUGGUAGAAGCAAGUAAUGGAGGAGACAACAGUUACUGACCAACCAGAACUUUCAGUCAAAAAUGUUUCAGCGUCGAUGUGUCAAGAUGAAGAAGUGGAAGUCUUUGACACACAAACUGAUGACAGCCAGAGGUCAAACGAAUUCCCUGUGACGAUGAGCCCAGUGCUAACUCAGCCUGGUCCUGGCAUCGCUACAACAACCAUCACCACCGUCACACAAAUGGGGGGAGACUGGAGCACUGGACUUUUUAAUGUCUGUGGAGACAAGACAACAUGUAUUAUUGGGGCGCUGGUGCCGUGCUACUUAGAUCUGAGUUUAGCCCAGCAAUUUGGGGAGUGUCUUUGCAUGCCUCUCCUACCAGGAUCCACUUUUGCCAUCAGAGUUGGAAUCAGGGAGCGUUACAAGAUUCGGGGAAGUGUGUGUGAGGACUGGAGUGCAGUGUACUGCUGUUACCCUCUGGCUGUAUGUCAAAUGAUAAGAGAGAUGAAGCGCAGGAUGAAGACCCAGACAUAUCAAGUGUCUACAGUGAUGGAAUCCUCCUGAAGAAACUGUUGUCCGUAACUGUGUCCUUUGCUUUAACUUUGCAACACGGAUCAGUGAAGUCAACAGAGAUUAGCAUAAUAUAUCACUGGCAUAGGAUUAGAGCCUUUGGAAACAUUUGAUCUAAAAUGUAAAGACUGGAAAUCAAAACGGGGUGAAACAAAAUGUCCAGGUUUAAAGCUCCACUGAGUGAUAUAAGAUUUGUAAAUGCAAAGAGAAAAAAAACUGUAAUUGCUGUUUGAAUAUUAAUAGCUUGAAUUAUAUCUCUGAAAGAAAUUAUUUUGUGGUCACAUUUGCAUAUGUAUGAAAAACAGGUGGGAAGAUGAAGGGUUUUCCUUUUUUUCCAAUUCCAACAGACAUCAAACAAGCUCCAAACAGCUGGUAAAAAAUUAAAUCAAACAGAGAACAUGUGUCAAGAGAAGAAAAGAACAAACAGUUAAACCUGUUUUACAAAAACAAUAGUCCUGUUAUUGUGUUCACCAUGUAGGCAUAUUCGCUGACACGCUGUAGUCAUCCUUAAACUGUAUUAAAUAUUGCACUUAUCACCAUUAUAAUUCUGUUUUUACUCUUAUGACAUUGCUUUCAAAAUCUAAGACUUAUUUGCUACAAAAGAUAAGACUUUACAACUUAAUGGUUCUAAUAAUUUAAUGCCCUCUUUCAGAUUACUUUGAACCUGAUUAGACCUUUGCUUAGCACUUUUUCAGUCAGCGUCUGAACUAACCUUGUCACAUAUUUUACAAUGGGCUUUAAAUUAUCAAAGAAAAUCAAAUGUGACAUACUUGUCACAAAAUUCAAGAUUAGCUUAGAUUUUAAGCUAAUAAAUGGUUAGCAUUUUCUUUUUCUAUUA